GUCAUAACCACAUCACUAACCUGGGCAAUGGGACCAUGUCAGAACUUCAUAUGCUGAUGACGCUGCUCCUCUGCAACAACAACAUCACCACCAUCACCUACGGCAACUUCAAGGGCCUCACGAAUCUCCGUAACCUAGACCUGGCGAUGAACCAGAUCAGCAGCAUAGGACCAAGAGGUUUCGACGGCCUCAGCACUCUCCCGAAGCUGGACCUGAGACACCAAUACCUCGUCAAGAUCGCAGAAAACGCCUUCAUGGGACUCACCAGCCUAAAGAUCCUGCUCCUGUCUCACAACCGCCUGACCCACAUCACUCACCCAGACACCUUUGCCGGCCUGCCCUCCCUUGAAACACUGCUGCUGUCCCACAACCGCCUCAAGACGAUCAGCUCCCCCAAUACUUUCGUGGGCUCGCCUCGCCUUAGCACCCUGGUUGUGGACGAGAACCCGCUGGAGUACGUGGACCAGAUGCUGUUCGAGCCACUGUACAACCUCACCAAGCUGUCAACCCCAGAGUUCCGCUUCUGCUGUCUGCCUCACCAUGCCGAGGAGUGUCUGCCGCACACUGAAGAGUUCUCCUCCUGCGAGGACCUCAUGUCCAACCUGGUGCUGCGUGUGUUCGUGUGGGUGGUGGGCUUCGUGGCGCUGGUCGGCAACACCUUCGUCAUCGUGUGGCGACUCAUGUACCCCAGCGGCAGCAAGAAAAAUCACUCUAUGCUCUUUGUUAACCUGGCGAUCGGCGACCUGAUGAUGGGCGUGUACCUUUUGAUAAUCGCGGGCAUCGACCUCAAGCACCGAGGUGUCUACCGUCUACACGAGAAGGAGUGGCGCAGCUCACCUCUCUGCCAGUUUGCCGGCUUCCUCAGCACCUUCUCCUCCGAAGCGUCUGUCUUCACUCUGACUGUGAUCACGCUGGACCGCCUCACUAUCCUCCUCUCGCCCUAUGGUAUAAGACGAGUCCACGAAGGAUUGGCCAAGCGUGUGAUGGUCGGCGUGUGGCUGGUGGCAUUCCUCCUCGCCGCUGUGCCUCUCUUCGAUGUGCCGUAUUUCAAGGACUUCUACGGCCGCUCCGGUGUCUGCCUCGCCCUGCACAUCACCAACGAUAAGCCGAAUGGAUGGGAGUACUCCGUGUUCAUUUUCAUUGUGCUCAACCUCCUGUCCUUCAUGAUCAUCGCCAUCAGCUACGUCAGGAUCUACGUGGGCGCGAGGGACACGCCGCUGAUGGAGUGUGGCAGAAACAAGCACGGCAAGGAUAGGGAGAUGGGCCUCAGAGUGACUUACAUCGUGGGCACGGACGCCGCCUGCUGGCUGCCCAUCAUCCUCCUUGGCAUCUUCUCUCUCAGCGGGAUAAAGAUACCGAGGAAGGUGUUUGCUUGGGUGGCGGUGUUCGUGUUGCCCUUCAACGCUGCCCUCAACCCGCUCCUCUACACCUUCUUCACCGACCCCGUCAGGAAGCGACUCAAGAUCAUGCGGGAGAGUAUCAGCUCUUGGCGCACUCGCUCCACUCGCUCUUCCGUCGUAUCAGGUGUGCGCAUGACGUCCACGUACCGGGGACGGGUGACCACAGAAGUGACGGACAUCCCGGUGCCGGUGAGUGAUGGCAAGGUGCACACGAAGGCCGCCAUCUGUGUGUACACCCCCACCGCCACCGCCGCCACGCAGGUCACGCACUUCAUCCACGACCCGCCGGACCACGAAGCGAAGAAAGUGGACGACCGCCCCAACCAAAACGGCAACGACGCCAAACAGAUCCUCGACUGCACUGACCCAGGGUCCGACGCGGAAAGGGAGGCCAUCAUCCCCCUGGAAACACUAACGGCUGACCGGCCCGCGGCACUGAGGACGUCAGGCCGCUACGGGAGGAAGAAGAACACAGCUGACCAACGAUAUGAUUGAAGAUGCUGAGAGAGAGAGAGAGAGAGAGAGAGAGAGAGAGAGAGAGAGAGAGAGAGAGAGAGACGCUUGUUUUUUUUUAUAUUAUCAUCAUUAGGGAAGUACAGGUAUCAUAAUAGAAAACAGACCACGAGACUUCCUCUCACGCCUCCCAUUGCAUCGCCUUCAGAGGGAACGUGAGUCUUAGAGACUGGUGUGGCUCUCCCAGCGGCAUUUUUCUGAAGUCUAUGCGAGUAUACGCCUUUGAUGACGGCCGGCUGUAGCUUCAAAACUAGCCACAGAAUAUUUUCGGAAAUACUCUUAUUGUGAUUCCCACACAAAGAUACCAAUUUAAUAACACUAAAUCCAACUCAACCUUAACCUAACCUAGCCUAAGCCAGUCUAGCAUGUUCACCUACUUUACGUGUGGCACCUACUCUUUCAGACUUCGAAAAUAUGCCUCCAGGCGAUUCACUUCAUGUCAUCCAAGCCUCACUUAUCAACGCCGUCACUCCCUCCGCCAGCCGAGGUCACCGUUUUCUUUUGCCGCUUUGGUUAGGGUCACACUAUUUAUAUUUCGGUCUGUAUCUCCUUAAUUUUAGUGAUUAGCUUCUAUGUAAGAUUUGUUCACGUCUGUCUUUCUUGUCAGAACUUGGAGGCUGUGUGUGUGCGUGUGUGUGUGUGUGUGUGCUAAACCAAACGUUCCAUUAUAUUUAGCUAAGUUUUCAGUCCAUGUCUGUUCUUUGUUUUUAAGUAGACACCAUUUUUAUCUUCGGACCAUUCCAAGUACUGACGUUUAGGAAGCCAUUCGUAUUUGUGUGCAUCAUUGUGAUCUUUGAUUAUUUGUUACUCUGUGUUCUUAUGUAGUAUUUUUGCUGAUUUUAUUCACUUACUCUUCCAAUGUCCGUACACCAAGGAAGUAUGUAUGUUAGUUUUUUUUUUUUUUUUUUUUUUUACUGUUUAUUUUAUACCUCAAGGUUAGAUCUAACAUUCAUCUUGUUUCAAUUAAGAGAAGUCAGACAACUCCAGCUUCUUCAUCUGCUGUUAUGACCGGCACUUUUAUAGCAAAUUUAUACUUUUUUUUUUUUACAUGUUUUGCUCCUUUUCAGUUGAGGUGAUCACACACACACACACACACACACACACACACACACACACACACACACACACACACACACACACACACACACACACACACACACACACACACACACACACACACACACACACACACACACACACACACACACACACACACACAAC